AUCAGCAUCAACGUCAAGUUAUUUUGAUUUAAAAAAACAAGAAAAUAAAAUCGAAAGCCGGCCAACCACCACCAACAAAAAAAUAACCAACAACAACAAAACGAAGCAGUGUAUAUUUGUGAAUGAAGAACAAGUGUGAAUAAGAGAAGAAGAAGAGAAACAAAAAAUCUACCACUAUGGAUGCGAUAGAAAUAAAACCGACAGAGAUCAUCUGUUUACAAACGAAUGAAUCAUUAUUUGAUUUUGAUUUUAUUCGUAAAUGUUUACAUGCAUUAUUGGAAUAUAAAAAUUAUGUACAAAAAUUAUAUAAUGAAUCAAAUAUUAUUAAUGAUGAAAAAUUACGUUAUGAAUUUGAACGAAUUGAGCAAAGAUUUCAGGAAACAAUUCGUGGUAAUGAAGCAUUAUUACAACGAUAUCUACAGGAAGAUUGGGCAACGGAAGAAUUUUCAACAACAUUACAAACAUUUUGUGAUCCAAAUAUGGAUCAAUCGGAUGGAGUUACACAAGCUUAUAUUGUACAACCACAAACAGCAGCAGCCGUACAACAUGCUGUUGAUAAUAUGAAUGCUUCCAAUUAUAAUAAUCUUGGUGAAAAGAAAGAUGUAAUGGCCAUUGCAGCAGCUGAAGUGGUUAUGCAUUCAUAUCGUGAUGGUCUUUAUAUUUGCGGUUGGCCAUCAUGUGAAUAUCAGACAUCAUCGAGACGUCAUAUCAAUAAUCAUAAAUUGGUACAUACUGGUGAUGGAGAAUUCAAUUGUAGUUUUCCUGAAUGUGGUCGUCGUUUUAAAACACGUGAAGAGCUUAAUGAACAUGCAGCUGUUCAUAAUUCUGAUCAUCCAUAUCCAUGUGUUUGGCCUGGCUGUGAAUUUCGUUCACAAACACCAGCUUCAUUGAAAGCACAUAUGCGUGUUCAUAUGGAACGUAAAUUCAAAUGUGAAUGGCCUGAUUGUAAUGAAGAAUUUUCUAAGAUCACCGAAUUAACACGCCAUCGUUCUGUACAUGAUCAAAAUGGUACAAUGCAACAGAAUAAUCAAUCCAGUAGCCAACAACAGAAUCAACAACAAACGGUCCAAAUCGUACAACAACAACAACAACAACAGCAGCAGCAACAACAGCAACAGCAGCAACAACAACAAAUUCAGCAAAAUCAGACACAACAAGUAACAGUUGUCUCUCAACAUCAAUCUCAACAGCAACAGAUUGCUCAGAUAAUUACGGCAAAUGCUCAAGGACAACAGGGAACAUUACAACCGACUCAGAUUACUGGUCAAUUGCCGACUGGACAACAGGUGACAUUGAUUCAAUUACAGCAACCGCCUGCAUCAAAUGUCGGAACAGCUAUAGCGCAUAAGACGAUUGUGGCUCAACAACAAUCCGGAGGUGGAAAUGUUGGUAAUACAUCAGUGGUCGUACCUAGCACUCAACCACAGCCGAUAACGACAGCGAUUGCAGUGGCCGGAACUAAUGCGAUGAUCAACACGCAAUUGUUUCGAUGUAACAAUUCGAACUGCAGUUCAUUGUUCAGCACAUUAUAUGAUCUCAAACAACAUAUGAUGCAACAUAGCAAGGUAGAAAAACCAUUUCGUUGCAACAUUCCUAAUUGUGGAUAUUCUGCUUUGACCAAGACUCAGCUUAACGAACACAAAGAAACCCAUUCGAGUGAACGGAAUUACAUCUGUACGGUGGAGAAUUGUGGCCGUCGUUAUAAAACACGCAAAGGAUUGUGGGAUCAUUCACAUACGCAUCGACCGGACAAGCCGUUUGCAUGCACAUUUCCGAAUUGUACGUAUCGUUGUGUCAGCUCCAGUUAUCUACGUUCACAUAUGCGUGCACAUAAAGAUCAUAAUCCGAAUGCCGCCAAUAAUGCUUCCAAUACGGUGAAUGUAGCGACACAGAAUGCGGCACCACCACCACAACAACAAGUCGUUGCUAAUGCACCGCAGCAAUUUUUCGCUCCUGGAACAAUGAUUCAACAUCCCGAUGGUCAUCAAGAAUUCAUCUGCGGAGUGAUGAACUGUGGCAAAUCAUUCGAUUCACAGGGCGCUUAUCUUAACCAUGUAAAAUUACAUGCACCGAUACAGGCACCAACUCAGGUGACGCAUGCUAUUGCGGCUCCAGUUCCGCAACCACCACCACCACAACCUGCUCCACCAAAAUCACGAAGUCGUAAUCCGGAAUUGGCGAGAUUUAAAUGUGAAUUUGAAGGCUGUACAGCUGCAUAUAAAUUGAAACGUAAUCUAAAAGAUCAUAUGAUCAGGCAUACAAUCCUGGAGAAACCAUAUCGUUGUGAUUGGCCUGGUUGUGAUUAUGGUUCUUAUAAAUCAACUAAUGUUGCCAAACAUAAAUCUGUACAUUCGGAUGAACGUAAAUAUGCGUGCGAUUAUUAUAAUUGUGAAAAGAAAUUCAAAACACGUGAAGGUCUACGAAAACAUAUGCUAUCACAUCAUAAACCACCGGUGCUAAACAAUACGGUUGGUACAAUUCAACAACAACAACAACCAACGACUGCUACAGUUGUCACGAAUGCUGCAGCCAUAGUUAAUGCUAAUAAUCAAUCGAUAACAACGACAACAAUGCAGGCAAUAAAAUCGGAAGCUGUUGGCCAACAACAAUUAAAUCAACAACAACAACAGCAGCAGCAACAACAACAACCACAACAAGUAACGGUUUCUGUUUCAACCAGUUAACUUCAUGAUCAUUAAUUGAUUCAUCAAUUAUUGGAGAAUUUUUUUAAACCCUACAAAUUACGCACCCCUUCAUCAUUUUGGUCAUUUUCAAAUUUAGUUGCAUCAUAUGUCUUUUGUCAAUUCACAUCAUCAUUCAUCAUCAUUAUCGUUCAUCAUCAUAAUCAUCAUCAUCACAUAAGAUUGCCGCAAUUUGACAUCAUACAAUAACAAC